UGACGAAAGGGUCCAGUCCCGCAACUAAACUCGCUAUUUUCACAGGUGUUGCAUUUGUAAACCAAACCCUAGAGACCACUGAUCGCUACUGUAUUCAUCAUCUUCUCAUCAUCGUGAAGCAAUCAUGGGUUCAGAUGCAGAUAUGGAGGAUUAUGGAUUUGAGUACUCUGAGGAGGAACCUGAAGAGCAAGACGUAGACAUUGAAAAUCAAUAUUACAAUUCUAAAGGUUUGGUGGAGACUGAUCCAGAGGGUGCACUUACUGGUUUUGCUGAAGUAGUUCAGAUGGAACCUGAGAAAGCAGAAUGGGGAUUCAAAGCACUAAAACAGACUGUGAAACUUUAUUACCGUUUAGGGAGUGAAAAAUGCAUAAACAAUAUCAUGGAUUUUGUCUCUGGGUCUGCUAGUCAAAACUUUGGUCUUUUACAAGAGUUCUAUCAAACCACUUUGAAAGCACUUGAAGAAGCUAAGAAUGAGAGAUUAUGGUUCAAGACAAAUCUUAAGCUUUGCAAGAUCUGGUUUGACAUGGGUGAAUAUGGUAGAAUGAAUAAGAUUUUGAAGGAGCUUCAUAAAUCUUGUCAAAGGGCAGAUGGGACUGAUGAUCAAAAGAAAGGAACUCAGUUACUGGAAGUGUAUGCCAUUGAGAUUCAAAUGUACACAGAGACUAAGAACAACAAAAAACUCAAGCAAUUGUACCAAAAAGCCCUUACUAUCAAAUCUGCAAUCCCACAUCCUAGAAUCAUGGGAAUAAUACACGAAUGUGGUGGCAAAAUGCAUAUGGCAGAACGCCAAUGGGCAGAAGCAGCUACUGACUUUUUUGAAGCUUUUAAAAACUAUGAUGAAGCAGGGAAUCAAAGGAGAAUACAGUGUCUGAAAUACUUGGUGCUAGCAAACAUGCUGAUGCAAUCUGAGGUCAACCCAUUUGAUGGUCAAGAGGCGAAACCAUACAAAAACGAUCCAGAAAUCUUGGCUAUGACAAACUUAAUCGCAGCAUAUCAACGUAAUGAAAUAUUAGAAUUUGAGAAAAUCCUCAAGAGCAACAGAAGAACAAUCAUGGAUGAUCCUUUUAUCAGAAAUUACAUUGAAGAUCUUCUGAAAAACAUUAGAACCCAAGUGUUACUCAAGCUGAUUAAGCCAUACACUAGGAUCAGGAUCCCCUUCAUAUCCAAGGAGCUAAAUGUGCCAGAGGCUGAUGUGGAACAGCUUUUGGUGUCGCUGAUAUUGGACAACAAAGUGCAGGGUCACAUUGAUCAAGUUAACAGGCUGUUGGAGCGUGGUGACAGGUCAAAGGGAAUGAAGAAAUACACUGCUGUGGAGAAAUGGAACACACAGCUUAGGUCGCUAUAUCAAAGUGUUGGGAAUCGAGUUGGUUGAGAUUGAGGUUUGAAAAAAAAAAUAUAUUGAAUUGUGAUGAGAUUUUGUUUGUUUCCAUCGCGGCAUAUUUUGUCCAUCAUGUCAAAUUGGUAAAGUUUGUAUCUAAAGGAAAAACUCAAGUCAAGUCGAGGAUUAAUGUCUUUUGAUUAUUGAUUGCAUUUGUGCAUUUGGUAUUUGGGCUGUGAGCGUGAGGUAUAUUGACAAUUUUUGGAAACCUUUUCAGACUUUCAUUAUUCAUCAAUCCUAUGGAGGAGUAGGUGAGUUGGUAAAUGAUAAUUCAAUUUACUCAUUGACCAUAUCCAUUAAAUAUAAAGUUAAUAGUUUGC